AUGCUCUCUAAGCGUUUGGAAGUUGUUAGCAAGUCGAGAAUCCCGGGACUUCAGUCUCUUAUCACAAAGACUAUUUCCGAGUUAGAGACAGAGCUAAGCCAUCUUGGGAAGCUUGUAGCAGCUGAUGCUGGUGGAAAACUUUAUAAGAUUAUGGAAAUUUGCCGGGCCUUUGAUCAAACUUUUAAAGAACACCUCGAUGGCACGUGGUGUGAAAAGAUAAAUUCUGUGUUCGACAAUCAAUUCCCAGCUGCCAUUAAAAGACUGCAAUUCGACAAACAUCUCUCUAUGGACAAUGUACGGAAACUGAUCACUGAAGCAGAAAGAUAUCAACUUCAUCUUAUAGCUCCUGAACAAGGUUAUCGCCGCCUAAUAGAAUCAUGCUUAGUCUCCAUUAGAGGCCCUGCUGAAGCAGCAGUUGAUGCGGUUCAUUCCAUUUGCAAGGAUCUUAUCCACAAAUCCAUGGGCGAAACAUCUGUAAGAAUAUCUCUGCUCAAAGUCAUAAACCCAACAACAACAACAACAACACUUAUGAGUUGUGAACCAUGGUUAUGUGCUUUCGUCAUGACUACAAGAACUGAAGCAAUAUCCAACACUGAGAGUAGAAGUAUCAGGUGCAACCAUGGAUUCAUUGGAUCAAAUGAGAGAAGAGAGCAGGAAAGCAACUCUAUGAGCAAAUUGUUGGAUGAGGAUCCUGCGGUUCAGCAGCGAAGAACUUCAAUUGCAAAGAGGCUGGAAUUGUAUAGAAGUGCUCAGACGGAUAUUGAAGCAGUUGCUUGCUCCAAGUAG